AUGUUCGCGCUGUUCUGUCUGUCGAUGCCGAGCCUGUCGAGCGCGCGCAUCGGGCGGUGGCUCGCGAUGACGCUGUGGCCGUUCACGCUCGCGACGGCGUGCCUCGGCUUCCAGAUCUGGUGGACGGUCACCGCGCUCGUCAGCCACCGCGCGUACCCGGGCGGGCCGGACGCGUGGAUCUCGCAGCACGGUGCGGACGCGAAGAACGUGGUGUUGAAUGUAUUUCGCCGAGUUUGGGUCGCGAGGAGCGCUGGGAGCUCAUUAUUGGUUUUGUCAGGACAGACGUAUCGCUCGUAUGUCAUAUUCAACCACAAGCCUGCGGUCACCGUCCUGCCCUCUGAGAUGUUCGUGGCCACAGUCGUCACAGGCUCGCUGUCUCUCUACAACCUGACGCGCUCGCAGGUCGUCGAGCACGAGAUCGCAAACUUUGCGAUCACGUACCGGACAGUCUCGCUCUCGCUGAGCGUAAUCCUGACCUCCCUGAUCACCACGCGGCUUCUCGACAUCCGGCGCGAGGUCGGGAAGCUGCUGUCGGAAGACACGGGCGGGCGCGGGCUGCGGUCAUACACGUCGGUGGUCGCGAUGCUGGUCGGGUCGGCAUCGCUCGAGACGGUGACGGCGCUGGUGUACAUAUGCUUGUUGGGUGUAGGGAGACCGCUGCAGGACGUGUUUCUGCCGGUGCUGGGGCAGGUGCGUUGUCUGGCCAACGAGGGCAUCUCAUCGAGAUGGGGAUGCUACCAGACGUGGGAGAGGGAGACGACGCGGACGCUGAUACAGCAGACGCACGAGCUUCCCGUGGCAUUCAGCCCGAAGUACAAGCCCAAAGAUUUCAGCUUCAUCUCGCGGCCGGGCAGAGAGACGAUCUCGGGAGGGGGGAGCCCUCCCACCAGCGCGCUGCAGCGCAACUCUGUGCAUCAAGAAUGGCAGUUCAGUACGACUUGCCUGGUAUUCUGUCGUCGAGCUGAUUUUCAUACGGUCGCGUUCGCCGCCGAACAGCAGGGCCCAGGCGAUGAGAAAUCAUAUGAUGGCCAUUAUGUGGGCUCCAAACACUCAUUCGCUGAGGAUGUGGAUUAUACUCAAAAAAUCAUGGAUACUGACCUUCUCAAGGCAAGAACAGCCGAGGUCACUCAUAGGGUGGUCGGGUUGGAAAAAAGAGGUGCAUUGUCGUUGAGAGUUGUCGAGCGUCGGGACACGGCAGUGGCCGGUGGAACCAGGGAAGACCGGGGACCUGUCUUCCUUGCAACUCAAAUGGCAGCAGCGGGCAGCAGACACUGCAGACAGCUGCAGACACAUCCUGACACAUCGACAACUCUUCGUCUGCGGCGGUAG